AUGGCUUCUGCCUGCUACCUUUACGUCUUUUCCCUUGCGCUAUUCUCCAUCACAACCAAUGAGAUGUGUUAUGCUUCACGCAAUUUGCUGCAAGCUACUCCAACAGUGCCACAACCACAAAUACCCACCAUUCCGACACUUCCACAACCACAGAUGCCCACCAUCCCCACACUCCCACAACCACAAAUACCCACCAUCCCCACACUCCCACAGCCACAGAUGCCCACCAUACCAACAAUCCCUACAUUCCCUAAUAUGCCCAAAGUAUCCUUUCCUCCAUUGCCUUCUAUGCCUACCAUCCCAAACCUUCCAACAACUCUUCCAAGCAUUCCUUUCUUCGCUCCACCUCCAUCUAAAAAGUAG